AAAUUAUUUCGUUAAAUUCAUUUCUAGUUGUGUGAUUUAUUAUUAUAAUUUGUUCUGUGCGUUAUCAUCGUUUUUCAUGUAAAAGACCAAAAAAACAUUGCAGCUGUUAUCAGAACUGCAUAUGUAUGUAUGGAGUACAUUGUAUAUAAAUAAGCAACAGAAUCAACGAGUGGCCGUCUUAUCAGCUACGUAAAAACCAAAACAACAAAGUAUAGAAACACUAAAAGCGAUCUCAAAAGAACAAAAACAAAAACAGAAAAAGCGCUGCUGUUUACAACACCAUCGAACAGAAGAAGAAGCAGAACAACGACUACAAAUAAUUGUUAUAAAGUGCAGAGAGAAGCUACAGACUACAGUUCAGCAGUUUCGUUCACAAUAGCUCUAUGGUUCAAGAUACGCCCCAGUAGUGAGUGAGAGUGAUUUCGGCCAGGCGGCAAGCUGAUUCCAAUGAAAACCAAUGCAAACAACUAUUGCAAUUAUCUUAGUAGUGCAUGCGACGAGUCAAACGUUUCUAGAGAACAGCUGAAGAGGAAGCGCGAGUCUCGCAGUCAUACGUACAAGUGUUUGAAUCAUAAUCCGUUAACAAGCCUCAAGCUGCUUGAACAGCAACGCCAUCAACUGCAGCAACUGCAGCAACUCAAUCUCUGUUUGAAUUUUAACUACAAAAACAACUCCUGACCAAGAGCCGAAGUUCAAGUUGUUGACGUUUCUGCCUUUCUUUGACUCGUUUCCAGAGCCAGAGUGGCUCUGGGUUUUUUAUUUUUCGUUUGGUCGACCGCCUGUUGCACAAAAGUCAAAGCCAAGGCAGUUGCCUUAAUUGCCCCGACAACCACAACAUCAACAACAGCAACAGCAACAGCAACAGCAAAAAUCAACGAGGAGAGUAAAAAGGCGUUCCACCGAAAACGAAAUUCUGCAAGUGAAAACUUACUUUACAAUCAAACAGUGCGAGAGAGAAAGAGAGAGAGAGAGCGCGGGAGAGAGACAGGAGGAGGAGAGAGCAGCGAGAGAAAUCUAGAUUGUGAAUGACAACGAGUCAGGCAGCUCCUUUAGCUACAAAGCGACCACGCUGACUCUGACGAUUUCCUUUACAGUAAAAAACCAGUAACUGUAACUGGAACUGGUAUUCGUCUGCACACACAUACAUACAAUUAACUUUAUCAGCGGCUCAACACACACCAAUGUACUCGGCUUUUGAUUAUUACGCGGAAAUGGGACAAAUCUCACAAGAUUGCGCUUCAACUGAUCUUGAUAUGGAUGAUCUCGAUGACUGUGACCAGGUGACACAGGUGAUUGGCUAUCAUCCGCGAUAUCGUGAUCAUUUUCUGCACACGCAGAACUUUAUUAUGAAAGGUGAUGGACCCUUGCCCUACGCAUAUAGAUACUAUUUGGCCAUAAUAGCUGCUGCACGGCAUCAAUGCCCCUACCUGGUGAAGCGGUAUGAGAAGGAGUUUCUUAAUCAGGGUGGCAAUAGCGAGUGGCUAAAUGGCUUGGAAUAUAUACCCGCCAAAUUACGUGCCAUAUAUGAUAUUAAUAAAAUAUUAGCUCAUCGCCCCUGGCUGCUGCGCAAGGAGCAUAUUGAGCGCCUGACCAAAGGUAGAAAUAGCUGGUCUUUGUCUGAGGUGGUGCAUGCGAUGGUCUUGCUAUCGCAUUUCCAUUCGCUUUCAUCGUUUGUGUUCUCCUGCGGCCUCACACAAAAGCUCGAUGGUUUGUCUAGUCCCAAAUUGAAAGGUGCGCCCCUGUUGAUGCAGUCUCAGACGCAGCCCCAGCCCCAGCCACAGCCGCAGCCACAGCUGCAGGUGCAGUCGCCGAAGCUUGAUGAUGCCAGCCAGACCCCAACCAGCCCCAUUUACCAGCAGCAGCAACAGCAACAGCAACAGCAACAGGAGCAGCAGCAGCAGCAGCAGCAACAGCAACAGCAACAGCAACAGCAGCAGCAGCAGCAGCAGCAGAAAAACGUUCUAGGGGAGAUAUCAUUGAACAAUAGCAGCAGCGGCAGCGGCAACAGCAGCGCUGCUGUCAGCAGUGGCGUUGGCGUUGGCGUUGGCGUCGGCGGUGGUGGCAACAAUACAAAGCCAGAUUAUAAUAAUACAAUGGACAACAACAAUGGCAAAAGCAGCGCAGCCAACAACAGUUUCGGCCAACACUAUUUGGCUACCGCACAACAGCAGCCGCAGCCGCAGCCGCAAAUUCAUUUUGGUAUCUGUGUGGAGGCCGUAAUGGAGCGCAUGAAAGUACUUUCGCAGAACCAGGACGAGUGCAGCGAGGCCGAGCUAAGUAAUCGCUUUAAGAGCGUCGAGCUGCAGACAGCUGAGCUGGCAGCUGCCACGCCCCCCGAGGUAACAGUCGCCUUGCCGCCCAUCAUUUCGCAUUAUGUCGACGAUGCGGGCUUUACGUACCAGGACUUUGCCCGUCGCGGUGCCGAGAAUAUAAAUACAUUUCGCAUACAGGACUAUUCCUGGGAGGAUCACGGCUAUUCUCUUGUGGAGGGCUUGUACAACGAUGUGGGCACCUUUCUGGAUGACAAGUUUCGGGCUGCCUACAAUUUGACCUAUUUCACCAUGGGCGGCAUUAAGAAUGUGGACACCUCGAAGUUUCGUCGUGCCAUCUGGAAUUAUAUCCAAUGCAUCUUUGGCAUACGACACGACGACUACGACUACGGAGAAGUCAAUCAGCUGCUUGUACGUCCUCUGAAAAUGUUUAUAAAGACAGCCUGUUGUUUUCCAGAGCGCAUUACCACCAAGGAUUACGAUAGUGUGCUCGUCGAGCUGCUCGACAGCGAAAAGGUUCAUGUUAAUCUAAUGAUAAUGGAAGCCCGCAACCAGGCCGAACUACUCUAUGCUUUGCGCGAGAUUAUGCGCUAUAUGACUUGAUCUCAUUAAGUGAUUAAAUAUAUAUAUUCAUAUAUAUACAAAUACAUAUACAUACAAAAGAAACAACAUGCAUGCAU